UUUUUUGCACUUCUGAUUUCAGAAAGGUAAACAGGGAAUUAAUGUGACGUUUCAUCGUGAAAGAAUGGCUAAAGUACACAUCAAUGAUGUGACCGUUUGCGAAAAUCCUUCGCCUUUCUUGAGCAACUUCCAAUUUCAGAUUACCUUCGAAUGCACCGAGGAACUUGACGAAGGUUUGCUCCAUUGAAUAAGUUUAACUUUAUUUGGCUUAUUGAGAGUGUUUUAACCUUGUAUGUGUUGGUAAAACUGUUCGUGAUUCUGCUUUUGUGUGGCCUAUUUAGAUUUAGAAUGGAAAAUUAUAUAUGUUGGCUCUGCCGAAAGCGAUGAAUACGAUCAAGUGCUGGACUCAGUGUUUGUGGGACCAGUUCCAAUAGGAAGACACGCGUUUGUUUUUGAGGUAUGAUAUUACUGCCCCUAUAACACGAUUUCUGUUAAAUGGCACAAAAUGCACGUGAAUAUUCUCUUGUUGCAUGUUUGUGGUAAAUUUGUACAUGUACAUGUUGUUCAAGUUUCUCAUCGACUCCAAAGUUCCAACCAUAUUUACCGCACACAUGUUUUACAAAAGCAAAAGUCUCAAUUUGUUAACUCGGGAUUGUUGUGUCUUAUGGUUAGGACACUUUCCUUGACCAACUUUAUACAUCUUGUUUUACCAACAGGUGAAUGAAUGAUAAACUAUAUUUAUACACGGUGGUGAAAAUUUUGUUAAGGUUUUCUUAUAACAAUAGGAAAUAAAUCAAAUUUUCUAUAACUGAUUUACAUAUUUGCCUUGUGGAAGUACUGAUCAGCAAACCAAGAAACAUGAAACAUGCCAACAGUAAAUGCAAAUUUUUCUGUCAAUCAAAUGUCUCCUAUUAUUUGUAGGUGGAAAUUGGAAAGGCAUGUUGAUUUUUUUGGAAACAAUAGAAUAACAAAAGAUACCAGGAAGAUCAUGUUAUGCAGUCUUAAAGUGUGUUGUGCGACUUUAUUCCAUUUCCUGCAUUAACAUGUUGGAAUGAAAAGUCUAAAUUAAAUCUUGAUAGUCAAAAUAAACGGGGUGCCCAAAAAGGCAAGUAUCUGAGAAAGCAAAGGCGACAGUUUUGUCACCAGCAAAUUCCACCGAAUGAAGGGUUAUUAAUAAGUAUAUAUGAGUGUAAGUGACGCGUAAUAGACAUGUUUCGCUGUGGAUGUAAACCCAACAUUUCUACAUUUUUUUUUCUUCUGAAAGCGUUAGUUCACAUGAAACAUUUUGCUUUCAUAAAAAUUGUAUAAAAUGAAGCGAAGCAAGUCAAAAACUAGUAAAGGAUAUUUCAGUUUGAUGGUAAGGAUAGAUAAUUUGCAUACCAACAAAAACAACUUGAGCGCAAUUCUUUUUUUUUUUGGCAUUCCAAACAUUUUUACUGGUUUAAAUCCUUAGAUUAUUUUGUUAAGUCAAAAUUCCAGUAAUUUACAACUUGAGCGAUUGCAGUUCCUAUUUAAAAGGAGAGUAGCACGAAAGCAUCCCGCGAUCAUCUUGUUAGAAGACAAAGUAUCGAUGUACUGAAGUUAAAUUAUCUUUAUAUCGUGGAAACAAUAAGCUAACACUUCACUCAGAGAGUCAAAGGAUGCCACAUGCGUCGACAUUCUUUGUGAGAGCACAAAUAUAAAGUCAUGGGACCCGCUACAUUGUAUUUCACGGCUGAUGCUUAACCUUUUCAAUAGGCAUCUUUCUGUAAUGAAGCAUCUAGAGAAUUUGCUGUGCGUACAUCCUCUCGAAGAUUGUUCUAUAAGUGGACCACUGUAACAAAAACUAUGCUUGAGGAAGUCAGUUCUUGGUUCUGAAAACAAGAACAAUAUUACUCUCAGCAUUGUGAAGGUCAUUAUUAUGACCUGUUGUUUCCUCAAACAUAGUUUUAGUCACAGUGGUCCACUUAUGGAACAAUCUUCCAGAAGAUGUAUGCACAGCAAAUUUGUUUGCCCUGAGAAUCUCAAUUAUUGAGAUUCUCAGGGCAAACAAAUUACAGGCGGGGCGAGAUUAUUAGUACACUUGUAUGUUAAUUUAGCCUUUUGCUUAGCCCUUCUAAUAAUAUUUAUUGAUAUGUUGUCCCAAUCAAGCAAGUUAAGAAGUUGUCUGCAACUACAUUGUGAUUUUGGCAGUGUGAUUUUGGAGUUUAUAUCAUUCAGCUGUUGCAACAAGCCAUCCAAGACAGCAGUACAGUAAUCAAAGUGUGGUUCAAUGAGACCUUUUUUGUAUAUUUUAACUGCAGUGUGUACUUGAGACUCUUUUUGAGAUGUCAUGUACAUAUAUGUGGGGCUUCCAAGAGAGAUCAUCUGUAUUAACCCUUUAACCGGCAAUCGUACAUAUUUGUACGAAGAGUGACCACUAAAGGUCAGGGCUCUCUUGUUUUCAUGAAAAUGGUCCCUGUGGCCCCAAAUAUGGAAGCUUUCCCAGAGGACCUUUCAGUCGUUGUUUUGAGCAAAAUUCUUCUCGAAUUUGGCUAGUUUUUCGAUUGUAAAAAGCGAUUUAUUCUUCGUUUCGCAUUCGCUAGCAUUUAAAAAUGGCGGCGAGGUAUUUAGCUCCCGAGGAAGUGUUGAGAAGAGUCCUGAAUGACGAUUCUGACGGGGAUUAUUCUGAUGAAAGUGAAGCAGAACUUUCGGAAGAAAAUGACAACAAUGGCAGAUCAGAACACGAGGAAAGUGAAGAAGACGAAAGCGACGAAUUGCUUCCUGACGAAGCAAAUAGCGAAGAAUCUGGUAAGUUUCUUUAUCAAAUAACGAGUAUUAGAUUUCAUUUCUGUUGUCUACGUGUUUUUACAAGCCUUUGCUAACAGAGAAAUCUUAAGUGAAAGAUUACCGAUUGUGGGUGAGUUUGUUCUGCCCAAAAAGCACAUGUUUUAGUAAACUAUCAUUGUCCAAGUAAUAAGGCUGACAUGUUUGUUUACAUUACAAGUACAGUUCUUUUUAUGCUACUUCUGAAGUGCACUGAAAACAUGCUCCUGAAUAUUUCGAGUUCAAAACAAAGCAAUUUUCAGUUACAUUGGCUCAAGAAAAUAUUCCAUUUUUUUUCAUUUUGUUAGACAUUUGUGGUAACCGUGACAGAAGUCCUAUUCGGCCAGAAAGACAAGCUGGAAGGGGAAGAGGAAGGGGUAGAGGAAGAGGAGCAAGAAGGGGAGCAAGAUCCGGUCCAGCAAGACGACGUCAAGACCCCGCUGAGCCAAACAUUGACUGGUCUGACCAGUAUAGUCCAGUGCAGAUCCCUGACUUUGGAGAACCACAUCCAGGUCCAACAAGGAGAUUUCCGAAUGUGAACACUGCUCGCGAACGAGACUUCUUUGAUCUGCUAUUCACUAAUGAUAUAUGGGAAAUCUUGGUUCAAGAGACCAAUAGGUACUACGAUCAGCAGAAGGCAACUGACCCUGGCAAGCAUAAAAGACCCUGGGCUCCUGUCACGAGAGAUGAAAUGGAGGCCUUCAUUGGUAUUAUUAUUCUGAUGGGAAUAGUCAAGUUGCCCCGUUUCGAAAUGUAUUGGAGCCAGGAUAAACUAAUCCACCAGGAAAGCAUUGCCAACAUCAUGUCUCAAACAAGAUUCCUUCAAAUAUGGAGAUACUUUCAUUUAGCUGACAAUGCAGUAGCCAUCCCUAGGGGUACUGAUGGUUUUGACAAAAUCUACCGGGUGAGAAAUUUCCUUAACAUUAUACUUAUAAAUAUUCGAGACGAGUAUAGACUAGGCAUGAAUAUUGCUAUUGACGAGACAAUGGUACCCCACAAGGGAAAGUUGGCUUUCAAGCAGUACAUAAAAAAUAAGCCAACUAAGUGGGGCAUCAAGUUGUGGGUCCUGAGCGAGGCAACUACAGGCUAUGUUUAUAGAUUUCAAGUAUAUCUGGGGAAAGAACAUGGCCAGCAACCCGAAAAACACUUAGCUAGAAGAGUGGUACGAGAUCUGACAGUAACAGAAACAGGGAAAAAUCACCAUCUCUAUAUGGAUAAUUUUUACACUGACCCACACUUUUUCCUUGAGCUUUUUGACAAGAAGAUACUUGCAUGUGGAACUGUACGUCAAAACAGGAAACAGUUUCCCAAGGAUUUGAUUAUCACUACUCGAAUGCAAAAACAAAUGGAUCGUGGAGACUAUUUGUGGAGAGCUCAUAUGAGAUUAGUAGCAACAGCCUGGAAUGACCGAAGGGUUGUUUACCAUUUAUCUACCAUUCAUCCUCCAGAUCUUGAUGGUCAGCCUGCUACUAUCAAAAGGAAAUCAGCUCGUGGUGGUAAUGUUGACAUCAAUUGUCCUCCAGCUCAGCUUGACUAUCAAAAAUAUAUGGGCGGAGUAGAUCUUGCAGAUCAGCUUAUAAAGACAUUUAGUGUCAUUAGAAAGUCACGAAAAGCCUGGAAGAAGUUGUUUGGCUAUGGCCUAGAAGUGUGUCUCCUGGACUCCUUCAUUAUUAUGAAGAAAUUGAAGCCCAGCAACACUGAAUUUUUAACUUAUCGCAAAGAAGUGGCACGACAGCUUAUUGCUGGAAGAUCAUUUCGUGGUAAGGCUGGUCGCCCACCUACUCAGCCACGAGACUGGAUGGAUCCUACCAUGAAAUUGCAGUAACUGAUGCAAGGAGGGAUUGUGUUGUUUGUGCCAAGAGAGCCCAAGUGAGAAAUCUCGACAGGAAUUAUCGAUAUAAAUCUGCCAUUGUUUGCACUACCUGUGAUGGGAAGGCCUUGUGCCUAAACAAAGACAGAAAUUGCUGGGAGAAGUGGCAUAGACAAGUUCAAUAUUGGCAGUAACAGUAACUUCAAUUCUGGCAGGAACACUGCACUGAACUGUGCAAUUCUGGAUAGUUCUUUUCCAAAUAAUUUUCAAAACAUUUUUUUUGUGAAUUGUUCACUGAUAGGAUUUGUACCGGAAGUACAAAAAAUGCAAUAUCUCAGGCUAGGAUAGGAAUAUUUUAGUUCUGUUUGAAGUGUUUUAUUCCCUGAUAAAUGGUUGUUGAACCCAAGUACAUUGUGUGAUUUAGGUAACAAUACUGUACCACAGGCCCCUUGAAGAAAAUAUUGUUUUGCCCAGGGUGGAAUGUAACCAAUAAAUGCAAAUAGCUCAUACCCUUUGUGGUAUGCCCUAUAUUUUGUUGUUUUAUUGCAAAUAUGUUACACAUUUCCAAAGCUUUACAAUGAUAUAUAGUUUAUGGGAGGGUAACUUCAAUACUUUUUUAGUUAUCAUUAGAAAUAGUGAUUGCGGCUGCGCAACUGAAAAAUUACCUAAAAAAAUCUGCCAGUUAAAGGGUUAAGCCCAGGAGAUUUGCUAUGAAUUGUUUGGUUAACUUGGAUGCCAUCUACAUCAAAUUAUGUUUAUUGUGUAGUCAUUGAAAGAUUGUAGUUUCUGUCUCAAGCUAGUAAUUGUAAGCUCUGUUUUGGUGACAUUGAGAUUUAAGCCAGAGAUCAAAAUGUUUCAUUUCAUUAUUGAUCUGUGAAUCAAGAUCAGUUAUGGUAGGUACAGAAAAGGUAACGUUAGUGUUGUCCAUGUACAUUCUAGGAGAACUAGUAUUCAAACAGAAGGGUGCUGAUUAUUGACCCUAGCGAUACGCCACAGUUAAGAAGGCUCUCACUAGAUAGACAGUUACCCACAAUACAUCUUUGCAUUCGGUUAGUUAGAUAUGAUUGAAUCAUUUGAAGGCAUCGUGGUCAACACCGAAUUUAGAGAUUUAGUUGAUUUACUUUGCUGAGACUGAAGGUCAUUAAUUAACUGCUAACUUUUACGAGCAUCACCUUUGUUUGCGUCUAGUUUUUUAGAAAAUUAUUUACCCUUGGCUCUCUUUCACUGACAGCAAAAUUUAUUUCUUGUAGUUGUUGAUUACAUUGUUUGGUUCAGUUCCCAUUGGGACCAUGAGAACUUUAUAAACCACUCCUUGUGAAUUUCACACCACUUGACGAUGACCAGUCUACUCCUGGCUGUUUUUUAGUUUUCUUAUUUUUGAGGUUUAUACGUUUAGGUUUACCUAAAGUAUGUUUAAUUUGUAUUUGUAUUUUCGCUUUGCCUUUGUUUAGUUUGUUAAUUUUUUGCUGAGCAUAUCUUGUCAGCACUUACAGCUGUAUGAUGUAUCUUUAAUCUAGCUUUUCUUAGUGCUCUGUAUCUUUAUUUUUUGCAUAUAAGACUAAGAACCUGCAUUUUCCCAAGUCAGCCUAAACAUGUUCUUACAUAAAUGGUAAUUAGCACAUAUUUAGGGUACUUUAGGUUCUUAAAUAGGUUCUUAUUUUCUGAAGGAAAAGAUACAUUGAAGCUAAGAGCAUUUAGUGGUAUGUACCUUAAUUCCUUCUAUAAAAUCUGCAGACCGUUACAUUACAGCUGGUGUGAUAAGUCUCCUAUGUGUUCAAAGAGGAUCCUGAAUAUUGACUUAUCUUAUUUGCCCAAUGGGAAAGAAUUUUCUUUAUAAAAUUUAGAAAAUAAGAACCUGUUUUGUAUUUCAAGCUAAACAGGUUCUUGUAUAGAGGGGGCCCAACUCACAAAUUAUAACCUAACUGAUUCUUAAAAACCAGGUUCUUAGUCAUGGGUUUUUACUGUUUAAAUUGUUUUUGCUGUAACUGUCACUGGUAGAAUAAACUUGAUUGCUGGCGGCUCCCUCCAUUUACAGUGUAUCAUUAAUGUGUUAAACGUGUUACAAUGUGUGAGGUCAGUAUAAGAACCCAAGCAAUAGAGUUGAGAUGAAAGUUAGAAAAUCUCUUGCCCUUUUGGCAAGCUGUGUUGCUAAGGUUUACUAGCCUCUGCCUGGAAGAGAACUGCAGGCCUACUGAACCCCUUUUUUACAAACAUUUACUUUACAUAAUAACAAAUGCUGUGUUACUAUAUGACAAAUUUCAGUAAAAAACAGGUUAGCCUGUCUCUCCACUAGUUCCGGCUAAUGAGCAGCACUUUUAUCUCACCCUGAGGCAAGAAACAAAAGGCUGAAAAUGAAACCACGAAUGGUCUUUCUAUUCUCUAUAGCUAUGCUCAGACAAAUAGAAAAUAUUUCUGUUGUAAGUAUGAAGAGACAAAAGUAACUUAAUUUUACCCACUGGUGAGACCUGCUUCUUUCAAUGCUCUGUUUUCUGAUUUUGAUACUUCUGUAUUUGCAAAGGCCUUCCGUAGAUUGUUUAUGUAAAGUGACUGUAAUCACUAACAUAAUGCAUUUUUAAUAUAUUAUUUUAAUACUCAUCUGUUAGCUUUAAUAAUUCUUUGUGGCAUGCAAUAAUUCUUGUUUAUCAAGCGAUGUGCUUUAAAUUGAAGAAUUUUUAUUGACACAACAUCUGUAAUAUAAUGCGAAUUAAUGAAAGAACUUUCUCUUUAGGCAAAAUCCCCGGAUCCAAGUAAAAUCCCGGACGAAGACCUGGUUGGUGUUACUGUGGUUCUUUUAACCUGCUCCUUUAAAGACAGAGAGUUUGUACGGGUUGGAUACUAUGUAAAUAAUGAGUAUACAGAGGAAGAGAUGAGAGAAAAUCCCCCUGCAAGACCAGUUAUAGAAAAGGUACAACAUACAGAAUUUAUUUGUUUACUGUUAAUCUGUUGUCAGUGGGUAAAAAGUUACUGCUUUUGAUUCCUUUCCUGUUAAUGAUUAAUGUUUGUGAUAUUGUUUAUAUUUGUACUGGUUCCUCAAUGAGGAUGAUUUCCAAGCCACAAUAUAGCCUGAUGCUAGAAUCGCUACUCACUCAGGAACACAGUGUAUGAAUAAACUUUCAGGGCAUUUUUGUAUUUUUAUGGCUCAGUCAGGGGGCCUUGUAAAAGGGAGCUAAUCAUGGAAGGGAGAUGUACAUUUAAAAAUUCAAUGGGCUUUUAAUUGGAGACGUGAUCAUUUUAUUCAUUGUCGUACAUGUAACUUUUUCUCUUGAUUGUGUAUUGUUAGGAGAAAAUUGAUCUUGGUCACUCUUGGGACUUGGAAGGUUAAUAAAGUAGUUAGUAGUUUGUAUUUUACUUUACAGCAGAGCUUUCACUAUGGGCUGGAGGCUGGGGAUUGCCAGCUCGGACUGUAGUGGAUACCUUUAGUACGUCUCCUUUCCUUCACUAAUUUACUGUCUUUACUGAGGCUUAUUUAUUGUUUUUUUUUUCAGCUUCAAAGAAACAUUCUUCACUCAAAGCCACGAGUAACAAGAUUUAAAAUCGACUGGUAG